GGUGGAGCGAGCAAAGAGAAAGGGUAGAGGCAGCUGUUAGAGGAUGAGUGACACUAGAUAGAAGAUGAAUGAAGCAGGGAGUGGAGAGUAAAAUGAAAGCGAGGAUGCAGAUGAGGUAAUGAACUGAUUGAUUCUGUUCGUCGAUUGGCGUUCAACGUGUGCCUGCUACUGCCUCAACAGAACUUGCCUUCUGCCACCACUCCGUGUCGUUCGACUGCUACUGGCAUCAGUGUUGUCUUAAUAGAUCUGAGAGCAUCUGAGGAGACAGUCUAACAGAAUAGAAAAAAGAUGAAGCAGUUAUGGCGAUGAUGUCAUCAUUUCAUUCACUAUGUUAAUAUAAACACAUUCAUUACAUAGGAAAACGAAGGUAAGAAAAACAAACAACAACCCUAUAUUUAUGUCUGUUUUUUUUUAAUGAAUUUCAACUGAUAUUAAAUCGGUGGGAAUGGAUUAAGAAAAAAAAUAUAUGUGCAGUUGAUCAAAAUUUUCCACCGAUGAAGAGCUUGGUUGGUGAAGUCUAUGAGGAAUUAUUGCUGCUUAGACACGGAAAUAUGGUUCUGUAAAGGACUUCGAUACUAAGUGGGAUUAUUAUUCGCCUGACCAACACACUUCGAGAUGGGUACCGUUCUUUCAUUCUCGCCGCGACCGAGGAAACCUCUUUACGAGGACAUCAAUCUGAACAAUUUUAACUAUGAAAUUCUCAACAAUGUUAAAAACCAAGCAAGGGACAAAAAUUUUAAGCGUCACUCGAUAUUUUUGAGUGGCCUUAGCUGGAAGCGAUUUACCGCCAGCACUAAGAAAAAAGAGAAAAACAAUUUUGUUCGUUUCACGAACAAUACUUUUAUUCCGGCAAAGAUCGACAACAAUUUUAAUCUAGAGAAUGUAAAUAUUAAUAAAAACAUUCAAAAAUCCAUAUCAUGUUACAAUCUCAAAUCAGAAGCCGAAGAAUCGCAUCAACAACGUCUCAACCAAGUUACUAAACGUUUGGAGAAACUUGCCAGUCCAAAAAAGACAGUUAUCCAAGCUUCGACUUCAGAAUUGUUGAAGUGUCUUGGAGAAUUUUUACGAAGACGCUGUCGACGACUGAAGAACUUUGAAGGCAACGAAGCAAUAGUUUGGUUACGUACAGUUGACAAAUCCCUGUUGAUGCAGGGAUGGCAAGAUAUCGGAUUUAUAAAUCCUGCUAACGUUGUGUUUGUCUACAUGCUCGUUCGAGAACUUGUUCAAAGCGACAUCGACCGAGAGCACCACCUUCAAGCAGUGGUACUAACAUGCUUGUAUCUGUCUUACUCUUACAUGGGCAGCGAGAUUAGUUAUCCACUGAAACCCUUCCUUGUAGAAGACGAUAAGGACAAAUUUUGGGACCGUUGCCUAUUAAUCGUUAAUAAACUAAGCAAAGAAAUGUUGCGCUUGAAUAGUGACCCAAGUUACUUUACUGAGGUUUUCACUGAACUAAAGGCAUUCAGUCCGUGUAUAUGAGUCAAAUAUUAACUUCUAGGAAAUGACCAAUACAUAGACUGAAAAAGAAGAAAAAAUUGCUAACAGACAUGCGAUACAAGGGACAUACAUUCAUUGGAACGCGGAAACAAUUAUAUGAGAAAAAUCAAUUAAAAAAGUAAUAUAUAUAAUAUCAGAGACCAGUAGGACCCAUUAUAUUUGAAAGAUCUAAUUUAAACAAAAACAUGAAAAAUAUCAAAACAACAUCAACACAAAAGAAAUGUACGGGUGAGUGCGUACCAAGAUUACUUGUAUUGGUGUCAAUUUUAUAUAUAUAUACACAUAUAUAAAAGCAGGAGUUUUUUUCCAUGCAACUAUACAAUAUACAUGAAAAAUGCAGUGAAAAAUGGUGAUAUAAACGUUCAUAACAAGAUUUGAACAUUCUGUAUAUGUUGUUAACAAUAAUUGAGCAACAUACACAUCCCUGUGGAACUAAAACUUCAACGCAUACAUGCACAUACACACACAAACCUACACGCAAACAUCACUGUGGAACGAACUUCAACACUCACAUUCGCAUAUUCGUAGACAGGUUGCAACUAAACUUGUAAAUACAUCUAUGACAUAACAUAAAACAAAGUUAAAACAUGCAACCAUCUUAAUUAGGUUUACACUAACCCUUAGACUCCUAGUUAUGUUCCAUUGAAAACCAUAGUCAUUUGAAAGUUAUCUAUAAAAAAAAAAUGUUCAUAAGCAUAAUUCCAGGACUGAUUGUCCAAUCUACAAAAUAGUUGAAAACAUGACUACACAACCACAGCUGAAGAAAGUUUUGUACCAUUGAAAACCAGACCUAAAUACACCUCUACCAUAAAUCUAUUCAUGAUACAUUCAUUCAUGACUAAUUUUGAACACUUAGUCUUUAAGACUAAAACACGAAACACCCAUGCAAAAACAGAAAAGAAAAAAAAUCAAAAUCAAAAUGUGUUUGUAAAAAGGUGUUUUUAAUUUCCCUUGAUGAUGCCGAAAGCAGCGUCUAUAUUUUCUAAGAAAUUCAAGUCUCUAUGAGAUGGACACAGCGGACGCUUUGACUAUUGAAAACAAUACCAAAAAAAAACAGAAAAGAAAA